CCCCAAGUUCCUUUCGUCUAUCACCGUCAUGCCGCAGAACGAGUAUAUCGAGGAACAUAUUAAACGACAUGGUAGACGAUUAGAUUACUACGAACGCAAACGUAAAAAGGAAGCUCGUGCUGCUCAUAAAUCAUCAGCGGUAGCCCAGAAAGCUUUCGGUCUCAAGGCUAAGAUUCUGCAUGCGAAACGUCAUGCAGAAAAAGUUCAACUCAAAAAGACCCUCAAAGCUCACGAUGAGCGCAAUGUCAAGCAGGCCGACACAUCUGCCGUUCCAGACGGUGCAUUACCUACGUAUUUGCUCGACCGUGAAGGUCAGAAGGAUGCCAAAGCCCUAUCAUCUGCAAUCAAGCAGAAAAGAAAAGACAAGGCCGCUAAAUUUGCGGUUCCACUACCCAAAGUACGGGGGAUUGCAGAGGAUGAAAUGUUCAAGGUGAUGAAGACAGGGAAGAGCAAAAGCAAGUCAUGGAAGCGGAUGGUUACAAAAGCGACAUUCGUUGGGGAAGGAUUCACUAGAAAACCUGUCAAGAUGGAGAGAUUUGUUAGGCCCAUGGCACUUCGAUAUAAGAAAGCCAAUGUUACUCAUCCGGACUUGAAGGCCACUUUCCAGCUUCAAAUUCUUGGGGUCAAGAAGAAUCCACAGUCGCCUAUGUAUACUCAACUUGGAGUUUUGACGAAAGGCACUGUCAUCGAGGUCAACGUUUCAGAACUUGGAAUGGUUACGACAGGUGGCAAGGUAGUAUUUGGAAAAUAUGCUCAGAUUACCAAUAAUCCUGAGAACGACGGUUGCAUAAAUGCUGUUCUUCUGGUAUGACCGUGGACAAUUGCAAUAUGUUGUGUUAUAUCGAGAUGCCUCCUCAAUGUUUCAAAAGUAGUGUUCAAUUCAUUAUUACAUGUAUCGCGAGAGAUGCAUACGUUCUCUGGUCACAUGAAAUUAAAACGCAAUAUUGUACAGAGACGGUAGACUCGUGACCAGUCUGGACUACGUCUUUCCAGACCGGUUGCGAGUCUACUGAGACGGUAUAUUUUUGUGGUUAUGCG